AUGGCUCGUCUUUUGCUACUUUUUAUUGCUGGGAUGAUUUUCGCAGCCCAUGCAUCCGUUAUCCCAGGGGUAAGUCACUUUUUAAAACUCGACUAUCUCACGAAACUUGUAAAACUGUAUACAUGGUUCCACGAGUUAAAAGAACUAUGUUAUAACACUUUCUUUUGCUUUCUGAUUUCCCUUUGUUAGCCUCUAAUGUACUACCAGCAAAAACAAAAAACAGAAUAGUAUUUUUUACUAAACGUUUUUUCUUAAAUGUUUUAUUUCUGGAGCCAAUUUGCAUGGCAUCUUCCUUAUAGGGCGCGGCCCUUUCAAAACUAAGGACUGUGAUCAUGUUCAGCCAAAUCUCUGUACUGAUUUAAAAACUUUGCUAAACUCAAAAGUGACGCAGCACCUUUAGUGCAGUAAGAGCGUUCAAAGCAACAGUAAAACACAUAUCAGUGCUAAGCAAAGGUACCUAUGGAUUAAUUUUUCUAAUGUCUGCACUCUACAGGAUUCGUUGUCGGAGAAUGAAAUUCCUGCAGAAGGUUAGUAAAUUUUAAGAUUGUUGAAAUGCAAAAAACUCAUUUUUUUUCAGACUAUACUUAUAGUGGUAAUUAAUUUUUAUUUUUUUUGUUCAUUGUUAUUUUAAUGACGAAAUGGACGAAAAUGAAACAGAAUUGGGCGAAGAAGACUUUGACGAAAGGGAAGACUCAGAUGAGAUGCCAGAGGAAGGUACCAAGUAUUUGUAUAGCAACAGAAACCUUUAGAUUAGUUUUCACUGUACUAAGUAGUGUGCGCGUGAGCUACCGUCAUUUUGGCGGGAAAACGCGAUAGCUGGCGUCAUUCUACUACGAUUUUUAGCACUAAUGUCGUAGUGAUGAAAAAAAGUCAUCAAAUGUUAAAAGUUUUAUCCUUUUGCGAUUAGAAGAGGGCUUAACCUCCUUCAAUAAAGAAAAACGCGCUAGCUUUUCUGGUGAAAAGAGUGGAAUGAAGCUUCAGGGGCUGUUUAUUUUUGGAAAAUACGCGAAAAAACUCUAAGUGAUAUCUUGUCCUGGUAGUUGUCCUACUCCUCGAAUCGAAAGUUCUCUAUUGAUGUUUUUUUGACACAAUGAAUAAAGAAGAGUCUUGAAGAAGCUGUUGUUGUUUCUUAAUAUUUGAUUCUUUUCCAAAAUAGGCGAGGAGGUAGAUGAAGGCCAGCCACAAGAAGACACCUCUGAUGCAGCCAUGACACCUGAAGGUGAGAGCUACUCUAAAUACAACGCGCAAAAAAAUAAAUUAACCCUCGAAAGUACACACAAAGUCAUAUCCUCACCGUGGUACGAGGGAGAGUAUGAUGGAACCCCUCCCUUGAGUUCUGAUAUGUUGUAUUAUUUCGAAAAGAUUUUUCCUUCAGUGGGAAGCCUUUCAACUUCUCGACAAGCUCUAAACAUGGUCGCCAACUUGGAGAAUUGGUAUAGUUUUGUGCAUAAAUAAGCACUUUGCUUCAUAUUAUCCACAGGUUUUGAUUUUCUCGUUGAAACAUAUUGAAAAACAUGCAUUUUCACUAAAAAUAAAAUGGUUAGGUAUCUCGUAACCAUAGUUAAUUACUGAUCAUCACCAAACUUAACUCAAAAGGCGCGCGAAAGAGAAACGGACAGCUGCUGAAAACGUCAGGUGCUGUAGUUUGAUUGUCUAAAAAAAACUCAGAAAAACUUUAGAUGGGCCGGUAACAUCAACUCCCUCCCUUCCCCCCUUGUACGUCCGAAGGUUAAAGGGUAAUUUGCAAUUUCCUAUUAUCAAGUACUGCUAGACUUGCUCCCAUUGAACACCCAAAAACUACUUAGCAACACGCAAAUGGCUCUAUUGGGGAGUAAUGGGAUAAAGUUGGGGAAGAAACCAAAUGCCAAACAUCAAACAAAGAACAGGUUAAGACCGUUUAUAAAAUCACUAUCACUAGUUUAGUCCAAAAACAAAACUGCCUGUAAAACUGGCUCUAAUUACAAUCUUAACCUAUUUACGAGUUAGAAAUCGUAGGUCAUGGGCUGGACUCCCAAAGUCCUGAUUUUGUUCGAAACUGAAAGGCUAGUAGCGCCGAUUGAUAUCUGUUUCGAUCAUUUCUUUAGAUGAUAAGUCAUUUACAUGAUGGUAGCAUUUUACUACUACUACUACUACCAGAAUUCUUCACGGUUUUGCAUUCUUAUGCAAAUAAGAUAGAAUUUGGGCUUUUGCUAUUUAAACCUCACUGGGAUAACGAAAUUGAAAUUCGAGGGAAAAAACCAUCAAAUUAAUUUCUUUUCAUAGUAGCAAAAACACGUCAUCGUGCAAGUGACCUAUUAUAUUUCAGACAGUUAAUUAACUUGUGUUCUCCAUAACUCUGUUACAGAUGCCAAAUGGGGCAAAAGUUACAAACCGUACAAACGUUACUGUUAUUACCGCUUCCAAUGCCGCUACUGCGUUUAUCGCUGGAUCAAAUGCAAAGGCUAUGGUUACCGUCGCUGUCGUUAUCACGUGUGUUACGGCUGCAAGCGUUCUUGUGUUUACCGAUAUUAUCGCGGUUCCAAGAAGGGAUACUGA